ACUGAAGAUAAUUCCCGCGGUUGCGCAUCCCAGUUUUCUCCCGCCAUCGCCGUUUGUAACUUAGAAUCAGAAAGGGGGUGAAAUUUCAACAUCUAUUGAUGAUAACAAUGGCUUCUCUAUUAUUCUCAACGCCUUCAGUUAGUCUCUGGGAGUAUAAAUCUUUUCGGGUUUUGACAAAAAAUUCUGCUAGCAGUACAGUAAGAAUCGGAGGAUUAUCGUUUGCUCCGACCUUGAAUUCUCGGAUCGCAUGCGCUCGGAGAAAUGUACGUCGAUGGUCCUCGCUUUCCGGCGCGGAGAGCAGUGAGGAAGAAGAUUCAGAUGAUUCAAUUGAAGACCUUAGGGUUCCAAUCCGUUGGUUGGAACCUUCUAAAGCCUUAGAGGAGUCGGAAUGGCUGAGAGUUGCUCUCAAGAAGUGGUUGGAUGAUGAAUACUGUCCUGAGGAUACCAAUGUGGAAAUUAGCAAGGUUGCUUCAAGUUCAUUUUAUAGAUCAUUAAUGGAGAAACAGCUUGACAUUGGUGAGAUAUUGUUAACUAUGGCUAGAGAUUUGGAAUCUAUAUGCUAUCAAGAAAGCUUUCACGGAGCAUUUUCAUCAGCAAAUGCAGCAGUAAAUCUCAUACUCCAACGAGUGGAGCAGGAGUAGUUGCUUUAUUGCAAUUUAAGGAUCAAGAGGUUUUGUUUGGAGAGAUUGGUUUGGCAUGGAUUUGACCUGCUUUAAGGGGAUUCUUUUCAGGAUUGGUUGAGGAUCCUGGUGAUCUUAAGGAUGUAAUUAGCAAUGAAUAUUUGUAGUGAUUUUUCUGUAAAAUGUUUGAAGUAUCUGAUAUGUGUUUCAUGUAUUGAAUAAAAGAUGUCAUAACCAGUUGAACUCAUCAAUGCUCUUUUUAGGUGUCAGCACAUGUUUGGAUGCAACAAUGCAUACUUUGAUGUUAACAGUUAAAACCAUCAUUUUAUGUCAAUUGUGAAUAUUAUUUUAGAUUA